UCUUUUGUUUCAUCAAGUAGGAGUCACACUGGAAGGUUUGACAUUAAACACACUGGAACCGGGUUUUAUCAUCUUUUGUUACAUCAAGUGGGAGCCACAUUGGACAAUAAACACACUGGAACCGGGGAAUUGUUUUCAUUUCCAAUUAUGUACACCUUUCAAAGGAUAUAUACCCAAUCAGGAAUCAGGAAUAAUAAUAUGUAUUGAAAGAAUAACAGUUCAGUGAACGUUGACAAAUGCGCCAAUCCAUGAUUAGGUUCAAAUGCAGCAUGCAGUACAAUUAAACACAAUUGAUUUUUUGAGACGUGGUGAAGAUUGUGUUGAAUAUUUUACAAGUUACAGAAGUGUAAGAGAAUGAAGGAUGUAUUCAAUUAAGUUUGUCAUCGGAAUUCUCUUUCUUCUCUCAUUGAAAGAUUUGACAGCUGCAUUAGAUAACAAUACAUUCGCCUCGACAGAAAAACAGUUGAUUAAAGCACUGCUGGACCGGUAUGCCCAGUUUGGUAGAAUAGGACGACCGGUAAUGAAGACCGACGAGAGUAUAGAUGUAGAGUUUGGUAUGUCACUUAUACAGAUUCUCGAUGUGGAUGAAAAAAAUCAAGUACUAGAAACAAAUGUUUGGUUGACUUUCAGUUGGACAGAUGCACUUCUUGUGUGGAAUGCAUCAGAGCAUGAUGACAUAAAUAUUAUUCGGGUUCCUUCAGAUUUGAUUUGGAUUCCAGAUAUAGUUUUGUAUAAUUUUGCAGAUCCUAGGCUAGAAGAAAAAAGAGAUGUAUUGGUACUUGUUGAACCAAACGGACAUAUAUUUUGGAUGCCACAAGCUAUUUUGAGGAGCUCCUGUAGUUUCGAUACAACGUACUUUCCAUUCGAUGAACAGUACUGUCAUUUAAAAUUUGGAUCAUGGACUUACGAUGGCACCAAAUUAGAUUUGUUUUUCUUUCAGAAUCUAACUCAGUUUUCCUUGUCGGAUUAUAUAGCUUCCACCGAAUGGACUAUAAUAGAAAACGUUGCUAAGAAAUAUGAGAAAUUUUACGACUGUUGUCCUAAUACUCCAUUUCCAGAUUUAAAAUUCUACUUACGAAUGAAACGAAAUGUUGCUUUUUACAGCUUUAUACUGAUACUUCCAUGUUCACUGCUGUCACUUUUGACAUUAGUCAUAUUCUGGGUACCACCAGAGUCUCCUGCAAAACUUGUCCUUGGAAUGAAUAUAUUCGUUGCUUUUUUUGUUUUACUAUUGUUAUUAGCAGAAUCUACACCAAAAGCAGCAGAUUCGGUGCCAUUAAUAGGCACCUACUUCUGCUUGAGUAUGAUACUUAUUACUGUGUCUACUGUGUUAUCAACUAUUGUGGCGAACAUGUUUUUUCGAGGAGUUCGGAUAAAUCGUGCACCAUUAUGGCUAAGAAAGUUGAUGAUCGAUGUUGUAGCAAGGCUUUUCUGUAUUCGCGACAAAUUGGUCGAGAAUGAGGAACGAAAUGAUGAAACCGUUCGGAACCUCUGGAGUAUGAAAAUGUCUUCUGACAAGAAUUGUAAUGCUGCUGAAGAAAAAGGUGCCAGAGUACGAUUAUUAGCAGAGAAAAAGGAAGAAUUUUAUCGCUCUGAUAUAUAUGAAAAUGGACAAUCGAAUGGAGACAUUGACUUUUCAAUUCCAAUGCGUUCAGGAUUAGCAGAGGACAUACGGGUUAUACGAGAAAUCGUAGAGAAAUACCAAGAUCAGAAGAAGAGAAAUGAAAUAAGAGAGAAGCACAUCCGAGAAUGGAAAGUUAUCUGCUGUAUAACUGACCGGUUGUUUUUUCUUUUAUAUUUACUAAUUAAUAUUGUAGGUGUUGUCAUUAUUUUUUUCCUAGAAUGAACCAUUGUAUACAAUCUAUGAUGAACCA